UCGCUGGCACCUCAUGUGCUUGCAGGUUGAAAGCACCAAAGAGAAACUGGCUGAUCGACGCUGAAUUGCUCACUCCCUCUACUCUUCAGCUGAUGGGUGGCUUCCAGUGUUCAACUUGUCCCAAGGUCUUUAGCCGACAGGAACAUCUGAAGCGCCAUGAACAAAGCCACAAAGAACCUCAAUUUCGGUGCUCUCAGUGCUCCAAAGCUUUCCACCGAAAGGACAAUCUCAACAAGCACGAGUACACACAUCGAGUUACCGAACCCUCGCUCCUACGACGAGGAGCCAGAGCUUGUUCAUCGUGCGCUGCUGUGAAAUCCCGCUGCUCCGGAGGAACGCCAAGUUGUACAAGAUGUGCAUCGAAGGGAGUCAUCUGUCAAUAUCCCGUGGGUAAGAACAAUUCAGGCACGACACAUGUAAUAACAGAUAGCAAUCCCGGGCAAGGCUCUGCUCACGAUGCGCCCUUUGCAUCAGGGCUUGCCGAAUCUGAAAUUGAUCCAACAUCAGAUCGCGACUUGGUCUAUCAGAGUGAGGUGCCAACAGCACAGCAGAUCUCGGCCAACACCACCAUCGGCUUUACAGGACUCCAAUCCACGCCUUCAGAUUUGCAAAUCACGCAACAAGAGUCGACAUACUAUCCGCAGAGCGACCUUGAUCAAACUGCAACCCUGUCGACGUUCGACUGGAAUGCCAACAUUACAUCCACCAUUAACUGGCUUCAGCCGGACAGCUUCAAUCUCGAUGAUGCAGACCUUGGAACACUCUUUCCCAUCUUCCCCGAGAACUAUUAUUUCUCACCCAGCGUUGACUUUGUCAGUCCGACUCAACAUACACAAGUCGAUGUCUCCGGGACCGUACUCGAUUCGAGCGUCAGUGUUUACCAGGAGACACCCCAGCCGUCAACCGUGAUUCUUGAUGCGCAGCGAAUUCCCACCCCAGAGUCUGUGCCUCCUCCCACAGGCUGUGGCGAAUACUACGUCGAUGGAGAUGCUGGCCGAUUGCCAAAGUCGAAACGACGUAGAGUUGUAGCAAAACCCAGGAUCCUGACCGAUCUCGACGACUCAUCCUUCUCACUGUCAUACACUCCACCGACGAUUACGGGCACUCCGCCCAGACGGGGUCUGUCUGAGGACGCGUAUACCAACCUAGACUUUCUCUACCGUCAACUUUGUCUGGACACGACCAUUUUUAAAAAGUAUGCACCAUCCGCAUUCCCUCCCAGAAGCGCUUUGGCCAAUCUUCUCUCCUUGUACUUUGUGCACUUUGACCGAACAAUGCCAUCUAUCCAUCCGGCGAGCUUCAAACCAGAGAAAGAACACUGCGCUUUGCUGUUGGCCAUGAUGGCCUUGGGUAGCUGCUAUGCAGAUUUUGACCCGUCAGGACAAUUUGCUUUAUCCAUGCACGAGUUUGUGAGGAGAUUCCUCGUUUUCAUACAGGAGCAAAGGCAAUGGUACCCGGAUGACCCCGCGACUCUAGCCCAAGUCCACGUGUUGCACGCAAUUGGUGCAAGGUACACCUUGUACGAACCUCUACAGACCUCGUCAUCACUUUCACUGCAUGCAGCAACUGAAUUCUGCCGUACUUCGUGGCGUACACAGGAGCGCACCAAAGCUCUGACAUCGUGUGGUUGGUAUACGUGGAUUGCGAACGAAAAAGCAACACGUCUCGGCUAUUGCAUAUGGCUCUUGGAUGCCAUGUGGGCAUCUCAGUUCCAACAGUCGCCACACCUUCGUCUCGAUGAUGCCACCCAUCUCCAACUGCCUUGCCCAGAUCGUCUCUGGGCUGCCGCAGACGCGUCUGAAUUCGAUCAGCUGAGGACAACUUCUGGGCUGUCAGAUCCUCCGACACUCGGCGAAGCACUUCAGAGUCUGUACAUUGAUAAGCAGCUACUCCCGAACCUGGGCGAGUUCAGCCGCGUUAUCCUCAUCCACGGCAUCAUCCACCGGACGUGGGAAGUCAAGACGACCGUGACGCAGAGCUUUUCGCGGUUCGAACCCUCCGCGCUGAAACAGACGGGUAACGAAGUGAACCACGCGGAGCCUGUCUGGCCUCCUGCGGUGCCCCUGUUCAACAAGUGGAGAAACUCGGCGUGUGACUGUCUGGACAUCUUGCAUUGGAGCGCCAACGCCGCGAUAGGGGCGGCCAGUGGGAUGGAGCACCCGACCGUGCUACACUUGCACCUGGCCCGGAUCGUCCUGUUGGCGCCUCUGGAGGACAUCUUGUUGUUUUCCCACUACCUCAUCCGAUCCAGCAGAGAGUCGAACCGCGUCUUUCCCCACGUGUCGGCGGCCGAGGCGGAGGCGCACAGGCGGCGCAUCCAACGGUGGGCGGUCCAGGAUCAAUACAAGGCGAGACUGGCCGCCAUCCACGCCGGCGCGGUCUUAUGGCACGUCCGACUCUACUCGAUCGACGCCUUUUACGAGCCGACGGCCGUGGCUCUGGCGGCGUUGAUGUUUUGGGCCCUGAGUGCCUUCUCCAUCAACAAAACAAGGACGAGACCGAACAGCCGUGGCGGCGCGCGAGGGGGGUCCGACCCGAGUGACGGGGGCUGUUCGCCGUCUCCAGACGUCUGCGACAUCAUCCUCAUCGAUCGCCCCACGGAUGAUGAGCUCGUGCAGCAAUUUGUCAGGCAGGGGGAAUCGAUGCGGGCCAACAUGACCGGCGUCGGGGACGUCUUUGGCCCCCGGGGACCGAGGAAAGUUUUGGCCGAGGGGCAGAAACUGAUCUUGAGUCUGGGCGGCUGGAGAGGCAUUUCGAACUAUUGGGUGAAGGUGCUGAACAGGUUGGAAAAGGUCACCGCGAUGGCUGGUGUCGAUACCGGGUCUGUUUGAGGCGUCUACUACAUCUUGACGUCCGUAAACUGAAAAGGGGUUUUAUGGACACGUAUUCUUUUUUCCCCAACCCGAGUACUCAUACAAGCAUCGUGACUCUCACUUUGUUUCCUAUUCUAUAAUCAUGGCCCUUCUCAUCCCUGUUCUAUACUGCAUGUAGGUAUC